CUGAAAUGGGCGAAAGAUGGGCGGAUAUGCUUGCUGGGUCCGCGCUCUAUUGUUCUCUGACCGGCAGCGGCUGUAGAGUCCGUCUAUUGUUCUUUCAGGCGCCGGACGGGUGCUUGUGAAAGCUCAGGACAAAGGAUCGGCGGGCGCCGAAAGCGGCAGGCGCUCCUUCUCCCCGACCGCCACGACGACAGCCGGUCCCCGCAUCCAUCAUGACAAAGCAUAGCAAGAACAACACCGCAUCGUCUGUCUUUUCCUACGCGGAAUACAAGAAAGCAGGGAAGGAGUAUGGCUCCAAGCGCCAGCGACUGGGGAACGAGUCCAUGCGACGCUUCGAUGCCUGCGCACUCUGCUUGAACUCUGCACGCGAUCCAGUCGCUUGUAACGAGGGACACCUCUUCUGCAAGGAGUGCGCGUAUACAGACCUCUUGACGCAGAAGAAGGAUAUCAAGCGCCAGAAGGACCGUCUCGAUGCUAUGAAGAAGGAGGCGGAGGAGGAGCGUGCUCGUGCAAGGGAAGCUGCGAGGGAACGCGUACUCGCCGACUUUGAGCGUGGCAAGCUGGGGCUUGCUGCGCCCAUCCAAAGCAACACGUCCUCUGGGAGCGGGGAAGCCCGCGGGGUCAAGCGCAAGUUUGAGUUCGACACGGAUGCGGUCGAGCGGUUGACACGCGAGGCGGAGGAGGCAGCAUUGCGGCAAAUCGAGCGCGAGCAAGCGGAGGCGCUCAAGAACAAGCUCCCCGACUUCUGGCUCCCCUCACUCACGCCAACCUACACAUCAUCCGGCCCCCCACGCUCUCUGCAAGACGUUAAGCUGCAAACGACAUGCCGCGGCGGUGAGCCGACGCAUUCUCUCGCCCUCAAAAACCUGUCCCCCGUCUCUUUCUCUACCUUUACCUCCUCCGACCCCAAAGCAUCAGGCGACACCGAGAAAAUGUGCCCGUCCUGCAAGAAGGGCCUCUCGAACAGCAUGCGAAUCUUCCACAUGCGACCCUGUGCUCACGUCGUCUGCAAGACGUGCACCGACUCGUUGGUGCUGCCCGCGAAGCAAUGCGUGGUGUGCGACAAGGCGCUGGGUGCGAAGGAUGUGGUAGAGUUGAAGAGGGAAGGCACAGGCUUUGCGGGAGGUGGAAGGGCGGAGACAGUCAGGACGGGGACAGCAUUUCAAGGAUGAGCAUCGGUGCUGUUCCCAAGGGCAAGGGCGUGCUUAUCUCUUUGUUCAUCCUCAUAUACCGCGUACAUCCGAGUCUGCAGUAUAUCCACCUGUUUGAACUUUCGGUCUGACGUGCGCUGAAUAUCUUAUGUCCGCGUCGAGCUCGCGCAGCCUGUGAAAAGAUUGACAGCAAGCGGCUGAAGCCCGAG